AUGAAAAAGGCGAAUAACUGUCCAGCUGGACCACCAGGCCCACAAGGACCUAAAGGAGAAAAAGGGUUGGAUGGUAUUCCUGGUGAGGAUGGUAAAGAUGGCAUCGAUGGAGUCGCUCUUCUUUUUGAAGAAAGCCGAGAGUCUGGUUGUAUCAAGUGCCCGGCAGGCCCUCCUGGACCUCCAGGACCUACGGGACCAGCAGGAAAACAAGGACCGGAUGGUACGCCUGGAAAACGAGGACCUCCUGGAGGUGAUGGCAAACCAGGGCCAGCUGGAGAGAAGGGUGUCAGUGGACCACAAGGUCCGCCAGGCCCACCAGGCCCACAAGGACCGAAAGGCAAAGAUGGUAAACGAGGAAUAGGAAAACCUGGGCCUAAGGGACCGCCAGGACUGCCAGGUCCACCAGGAGAAAUGGGCAAGAAGGGAAUCCCUGGUGAAAAUGGGCCGGUAGGUGAACAAGGACCACCAGGCCCUAUGGGCGAGAAAGGUAGUGCGGGUGAGGAUGGCAAGCCUGGUCCACCUGGUAUUCCUGGUAUUCCUGGAAAUGACGCACAGUACUGUCCUUGCCCAAAACGCCUCUCAGUUAAGGCUUGA